AAAAAAAACUAUUUUUUUUGUUCCUUUUUUUUUUUAUUUAGGCGACAACUCCAAUUUUCAAAAAAUGCUUCCUCUGCAUCGGUAAUUGUCUCACGAGAAAAUUACGAACAAUGAAAAUAACAAAAGAAAUGCAACGUUGGAUUUUUGAAAGAAAAAUGAAAAUUUACAAACAACCACCCCGUGAAGCACCUCCUCAGCCUCUGUUACAAGUUUUUCAAUUUGAUAUGAAAAUUAAUAAUUAUAAUAAUAAUCCAUUGAAAUCAAUGAUGAAAAUCUUUUCUAAAUCAUCGAAUGGAAUUUAUUCUUUUCAACUAGCCAAUGUUCCUGUUUAUUUGAAACUUUUUUCUCCAGCAACUAAUAAUUCCUUGCUAUGGCAAAAAAGGAAUGAACUGAAAAAUCCAAUUUUUCCAUCAUUUUCCCGAUGUUUUUCAACGGCAACAAUUUUACAAGCAUCAAAUUCAAAAUGCAAAACAAUCAAGGAAAUUUGCACUAAAAAGGAAAGUUGUAAGAAAAAAAAAUUAUGUCCACCACCAAAUAAGAUGACAUGUCCCAAUGAAGAAAUAGUGGAAAAGAAAAAAUGUAAAAUUGAUUGUCUACCAAAAUCAAAAUGCGAAUCUAAUAAUAAAAAAUGUGAAACACCAGCAGAAAAACAGGAAUAUUCAUCAAAAUGUAAUCCAUCAAAAGUUAGCGCAAUCAGUCCAUGUCCAUGUAAAUUUAUAUCAAAAGAAAUUUGCCAUGAUAUUCAACCAAAGAAGAUAUGUCCACCUCCACCGCCAUUGCCAAAAUCACCCUCUAAACCAAUAGUUCUGUGUCCGUGUCCACCACCACCAAAAUUGCCACCCACUUCCUGUCCAUGCGUACCGGAAGUUGUCAACGAGAUUUGUGAAAAUGAAAAGCCACCUAAACCCUGUCCAUUGAAACCAAAAAAACCAUGCGGCAAUCAAUCGUACCAUUGUUCAUCAAAUGAAAUUGAGGGCAAAUCAAAAAAGCCCAAAUAAUUAUUAUAUAUUUGAAAAUUAAAAAAAAAAUUUUUUUUAUCAUUUCUGACAAUGAUGUAAAUUUUAAUAUUUAAAAAUCAUUCAUUUUUAAAUAUGGUAAAUAGUUCUUUUUUUCAAAAAAAAGGUGGCUGACAACAAUUAAUUUUUGUUACAUUCAAUCUCGACAUUGUAAUUUUAUAAGAGUCUAAAUAUAAUAAUUUUCUUUAAAUUAUGUAA